AUGAUACAGCUUAGCUCUCUGGCAUGCGCGAAAGGUCGCAAUGCAGUCGAUCACGACCUCGUAUUGCUUGAAGUUUUCAAAACUGGCGAAGCAGAAGAAGCUUUGUCAGAUUUCCGAGAGCGGCGCGAGCUUCACCCCAGUCCUCAACCUCAACCCUUGGCCAGGGAGCCUAUCCGAACAAAUCUGCAGGAUAAGUCCGACAUUCCGACCUAUUCGAAGCUAUAUCACGCCCUCGCGAAUGGCAUCCCUAUGACCGUAGCUGGCAUCCAUCCCGGCGACCGCAAUCUCACGCCCGACUACUUUAUACACAAGCACGGCGACACCAUAGUUACGCUCACCAAUACGAAGACGGGAUCUCAACGAAGAGUCGCAUUGAAGCAUUUCAUGAGCGGGUUUGGCAGCUCGAUUGAUCCCGAAAAUCCGGAGAAACUACAGGACUGGCCGCCUACAGCUGACUUUGCGCUGAAAUUUCCAGAAAUAUUCGAUCUCUUUGAAGACUGCCUUAUAGGGCCUUGGCUUACAUCAAGAAGGGGUCCUCUCAACCUCGAAACGAACAUGCCGAUCAACUCAUGCCCACCAGAUACAGGUCCGAAAGCUUAUCUUGCUCACGGUGCAGCUGGCGGAACCACGACGCGUCUACAUUGCGACAUGACGGAUGCCAUCAACAUCUUGUUCCACGCGGAAGGUGGGUUACGAGGCGGCGCAUUGUGGAUAAUGAUUGACCGAGAUGAUAUGCGUCGUGCUGAGGAGUUACUGAGAGAAUGGAAACACGGCUCUUUCGGAAAAGGGCACCCAAUCCAUUCUCAGCAGCUCAACCUCACCGACGAAGACGUCCAAGCUUUGAGGGCGAAGAAGGUUCGUGUCUGGACCCUUGUGCAAAGACCAGGGGAGGCUGUCUUCAUCCCUGCCGGCGUCGGUCACCAAGUUACCAACUACACCCCGUGCAUCAAGAUCGCUGUCGACUUCGUGACAUCUGCAAACGUCUGGUACUCGCAAAAGAUUACUGAGGAGCUUCGAGAACACCGAUUGGCUUGUGGAGAUAGGGACUCCGAAGAUGUUCUUCAGCUUGCUUCUAUGUGCUGGUGGACGUAUAAGCGCUGGAAGGCUGAGAAUCUGGCCGAGGCGCGUUCGGAUCCUAACUCGAAUCCCUGGAUCUCGAACUAUUCUGCGGCCCCCCUUUACAUGCCAGUCAGCCUUAACGUCAAUGAGUGUCCGGCUGAUUUACCUCAUGACCUAUCGCACGCUGACGAUUCGUAG